GGAGAGAGGGGGCGGAGGACACCGUCUGAGACGGACAGAGAAAUAAAGAAAAAAGCCUGUGCGUGCUUUCGCAGGCGGAGUUUCGGUCUUGCGCACCGUUGGAAUUCACGAUCUCUGUGUAUUUUCCUCGGGGUUGCUUGAGGAGGCAGAAGGAGCGAGGACGCGCCGUCAGCGAGCAGAUGUUAUAGCCGGACUAUCCCUGUUUCCAGCCUGACAAUCGAGCAUAUCCUCUGUUAAAAUGUGGCAGCCUGCGUCCGAGCGAUUGCAGCAUUUACAGACCAUGCUGAAGACCAAACUCAACGUGCUGACGCUCCGCAAGGAGCCGCUGCCUACAGUGAUCUUUCAUGAGCCAGAAGACAUCGAGCUGUGCUCCGCCACACCUCACACCAAGAACCGCACACACACAGGAUACAAGGUGACCUACCUUGGCAAAGUGACGAUUUCCGGCACUCACUUCCUGUCCGGCUGCACCGAGUCUGCUGUGGUGGGAUUAUGGGACACAAAGCAGACGUCUGUCACCCACGACGACUCCAUCACCUCUAGCAACGCCAUACUGGAGAUCCGGCCGUUCCAGGUGCGACUGCAUCACCUGGAUGGGCGGGGGGACGCCACGGGGGCCAUGGACACCUUCCAGGUGGCGCGCAUCGCGUACUGCACGGCGGAUCACGACGUCAGCCCCAACGUCUUCGCCUGGAUCUACCGGCAAAUCAACGACGAUCUGACCUUCCAGAUGGACUGCCAUGUGGUGGAGUGUGAGAGCAAACUAGAGGCCAAAAAACUGGCGCACUCCAUGAUGGAAGCCUUUAAGAAAACCUUCCACAGCAUGCGCAGCGAUGGACGCAUCCACAAGAGCGGCUCGUCCGACGAGUUCCCCGAAGAGGCCAGCACACCCGACGACGGCUGAGAGACGGGACGGAGGCGGCGGGGGGUUGGGAACGGGGCGAGAGGGAGAACUGCUCGCAAUUUUUAUCUCUUUGUGCCAUAAUAGAAUAUUCUGAAAAUUAGCCACAACAAAAAGAGAACGGAAAUGGAAAUUCAAACCACAGACCAAGAAACUAGUCUGCCUUUUUCUGAUCUCGGCUGCCAGACAGUUUGUGCCCAUUUUCCUAAAGUGAAGAACUUAACAACAGCAGCUGGUUUUGAUAUGGUGUGUGUGAAGUGCCAAAACUUGUUACACAUUCAGUUCUUCUGCUUUCGUUUAGCCAAUCAAACUGGGAUUCCAAUCUGGAAUUCCUGAUGUGUGUGUGGAAAUCUUUUAUGCGUUUUUUUGUUUUUUGUUUUUUGAUACGCAGAGGUCGGAUAAAAAAAUAAAAAUAAAUAAAGAUUUUGUUAUUAAUGGCAGGCAGCCAGCCUAGGGCAUUUCUUUACCUUUAUCAGGCCAUAGAAGCGUAAUUACAGCGACCGUGCAUCUGUAUCUGCAUCUGUAUCUGAUUCUGUGUUUUUUUCUUUGUCUUUAAGAUGCCAAAAGUCAGUGUGCACACGUGUAGUCUAGAGCUUUUGAUUAACUAUGGAACAUGUUCUCUUCUACAAGCUAAGUGUGCUUGACUGUCCAGCUUAGUUCAGUUCAUUUAUGUGUGCAUGAGGUGUUUUCAACAGAAAAUACCAGCACCUGUGUUACAUGAGAUGUUGAAAGCGAGACGUUCCAGAUGCAUCUGUAUUUUAAAGGAAUAGUUCUCCCUGAAAUGAAAUUCUGUCACCAUUUACUCAUCCUUAUGCUGUUCCAAACCUAUAUGAGUUUCUUUUUCUGCUGAGCACAAAAGAAGAUAUUUUGAAGAAUGUUGCUAAACAAACAGUUCUGGUAGCCAUUGACUUCAUAGUAUAGGAAAAAAAAAAAUUAUGUAUGUAAGUGGCUACCGGCAGCUGUUUGAUAACCUACAUUCCUCAGAUUUCUUUCGUUUAUGUUGAAUAGAAGAAAGAAACUUGGCUUUUAAUUUCUGGGUGAACUGUCCCUUUAACUCAUGCUGAUUUCGCUUGAAGUUGCUCACAUGAAUUUUGGCACUUGCCAAGAGAAAGCUGCCUGUGUGAGCUGUGCUUCAUACAAUGCUACUAUAUUGACAAUGGAUUAUUUUUUCUUUCUACACAAUAUUUGGCUGAGAUCUCACUAUUGUGACUGUGCCAAUAGCUCACAUUGAUUCGAACAUGAACAGAAACUAGUGAUGGCUCACUUUCGAAACAAUCCUUCAUGAAGCUUGGUAACAAAUCUUGGUUAUGAGUCUUUUGUUUCGAAUCACUGGUUCAGAGCUUGUGUCAAACUCGGCAAGUUGUGAUUUCAUCAAACGAGGCUUUACGUCAAACUUUUUUUAAUACCUGAUUUCAAAGUGUACAGAUUCAGAUGCUGUUGAUCUCGGGUUAGUUUUGUAACAUUGGUUCGUUUGUAAUAUUUUUGUGUGUAUAAUACAAUACGAAAAAUAUACUUAAUUGCUUAUAAUUGAUCUAGUUUAAAAACAAAGACUCCAAAUUUUUAAAACACAAUUGUUAUAAAUUACAAAAAGGUGUCAUUAUGCAUGCUUGGGCUAAGUUUUUAUUGCAUUUAUGUAUUUUGACCAGUAGGUGGCGCCAGCAUGUGGUGUUUCCAGCACUUGAACCAGUGAAUCAUUUUACAAAGCAAUUGAUUCAGUUAAAUCCGAGCUUCAAAAGGCCUUGUUUCUCCCAUCACUAACAGAUCUUGUUUUUGGCCCUUUGUUUGCAUACAGGGUGGAUUUGGAGAGAGUUGUCUGAAUGGUUGUGCAGGGGAGGGAAAGAAUAAAAGCAUAGCUGCCCCAUAGAGUGCCUGUCUCUUUCCCCCACCUCCCAUGCUGAAUGUAUGAAGUCUCUUGUGCUGCAAGCGCUAUAUAUAUAUAUAUAUAUAUGUACUGGUACUGAAAGCCUUUUUUUGAUUAUUAUUAUUGUUUUAGAUUUUAUAUAUACAUUUGUAUUUGCUGGUUUAGAGUCCCUGUCAUGUCCAGCACGUGUGUAAUAUAAUGCAUGCGUGCGUGUGGCUCCACUCACCUGUGAAAACCCUGUUAGGGGACGAUGGAUCGUGGAGCAAAGCAAAUGAAUGAACAGACUCUAUGUUUUGAAUCGGAUGGUAUUUGAGAUUGGGAUUCUGUUGAAGUGCAUCUGGUUCCAAGAAGGCAGUGAGCAUUUAUAAAUGUAAAGAAAUAUAUAUAUAUAUAUAUAUAUGAAAGAUAUAUAUACAGUGUAUUUGAAACUCAUUCGAUAAGUUUUUUUUUUUUUUUAUACUGCAUUAAAUGUUUGAUAUUUUUAAUAAAGUGACAAGCACCAUUAAAAGAAUCAGUGUUAUGGCCAACUGUGAAUUAGGAUCCGGAGCGGAGGGCAGCCUUCAGCGUGACUGAUGAGUGUCUCGUUGUUGUUGUUGUUGUUAUUGUUUUUUAAUUUGUAAAACUGUAGAUGAACAUUCUCACUACAUGUCUUAAUGGCUCAGACUCGCUUUAAUGGUUUGAAAUGUUACCGUAAGUGUUUUUUAUGCUGUAUUUGCAAAGAUAAAAAAUAUACAGUCAUAUAUAAACUAUUUACCAAGCUAA